AUGCGGGUAGGUGGCGAAGAUCAAACCGCCCGCUUGACCCGUUUCGGCCUGGAAGGCAAGAAGAACGGACAGGAAAAGGGACAAGCGACCAAAGAAGGGAAAAGAAAACAACUACGAACGGAACACGGCAGAGACGGACGUCGAGAUGCAAAAGAAAAGAAUGAGCCACGCACAGCCCCAGCGGACAACUUUCUUAUGCACGAAGCCAUUGUUUCCAUGGUCCUCGGUCAGACCUCCUUCCUGCCCUCACGAAGUUGA